AUGUCGCGCCUGCUCAGCACUAAAGUCCCGUCGGUGCGGAUACGGAAGUUACAGCGCGACCACGUUGACUUUGUUCUCGAGAAUGUGGACUUGGCGUUCGCGAAUUCUCUCCGGCGUGCAAUGAUAGCGGAUAUAGCCACAGUUGCAAUCGACAUGGUCGAAAUAGAAACCAACACGACGGUGCUUGCUGAUGAAUUUAUUGCUCAUCGACUAGGUCAGGUGCCACUCAUCAGUGCAAAUUGCGACGAAGCUAUGAAAUUCUCUCGAGACUGCGAUUGUCUUUCAUCUUGUGACUUGUGUUCGAUUGAGUUGCGGCUAAACGUGAUGUGUACGGGGGACGAGACGGUGCAUGUUACAACGGACGACUUAGCCGUAGUUCUCCCUCAACAAUCGAGGAUAGUUGAUGCACCAGAAGAAUUUUCAAGACGACCCCCAAACUUUGGGCAUCCAUACAAUAAAAAAUCAGAGGGCUUACAGCCAAUCCUUCUGGCGAAGAUCCGCAAAGGCCAAGAGCUUAAGCUCCGAUGCAUUGCGAAAAAAGGACUGGCCAAAGAACACGCGAAAUGGUCCCCAUGUGCUGCAGUGGCCUUCGAGUACGAUCCCCAUAAUAAACUACGACAUACAACUCAUUGGUAUGAAACAGACGAGAAGGCUGAAUGGCCUUUGAGUCAUAAUGCAAGGGAAGAGUUGGCGCCCGCAGAUGACGAACCUUUUGAUUACACCGCUCAGCCAGAACGUUUUUAUAUGGAUGCCGAGACUGUUGGUAGCUUGAGCCCAAAAGAAGUCGUGCAACGAGGCUUGGCUGAGUUGCAAAAGAAUUUGGGCAGUCUUGUGCAUGCUCUAACAACGUCAAACGCGACAGAUGAUGUAAAUCAGAAUGGUGUGAUAGAGAAUCCAACUGCUCAAUCAAACGGCUUCCCCCCGACGUCAACUUAUGGUGGCCCGAGUGCUGCCGCCAAUCCAUGGAGCGGAUCCCCUCAAGCGAAUUCGAUAUGGGGUGGCAUGGGAGGUGGUGCCAGCCCCACUUGGGCGAGUGGGACAGGUACGGGCGUCGGACCUAGCUCCAGUCCGGUGUGGUCAGGUGCAACAAACGCAGGCAUUGGAUCUAGCCCCACUUGGGGAGGGGCUACCAGCACUGGGGUCGGAGGCAGUAGCACCAGUCCAGCUUGGAGGGGACCUACUGAUGCAGAAAGCACAACCUGGGGCAAUGAAAGUCCCGCUUGGGGAACUUAA